AUGAGAGUUCGAAAAUUACAGGAAGAGAAAGAUUAAAUGGUCAGCACCAUAAUUAUUGGUGGAUGUUCAUUACAUAUUAAUGAAUAAAAUCAAUUGUUUGAUAUUAACAAUUUUUAAAAGGAAUCUUGCAUAUUUAGUUUGUAAUAAUAAUAUACAAAUAAAUAUGAUUAACAUAUUGUUAUUCAUUUAAAAACUGAAUUGAAAGAAAGGUUAAAAUUUAAUAGUACACUUAGUAUUUAAUUGAUGUAAAUGAAUUUAAGUUAUACGUAUUUAUAGAUAGCAAUGAGAAUUAUAAUGAGUAUAAUUGAACAUAAUAAAUUUAUCUAAAGCACCUCAAUUUCAACUUAUUUGGUGUAAAUCAGGAAUUAAUAAAAAUUAUUGUGAUUAGAUUGGAGAAAUCAAAACUGAUGAGAUGGAUAGUAAAUCAUUAAGUGAUGAAGCUACAAUUGAAUUUAAUGAUGAUUUUGAGUAAGCAUUAGAGAAAAGUUAUGUCAAUGAAGAUGAUACAGAAGUUUAGUUUGAAGAAUCUCAGAUUGAAGGUUUGAACUAAUCAGUAUUAAACUAAUCCAGUUUAGGAGAUUUAAAUCAAAGUACAACGAAAACAAUCUAUUUUUUCAGUGUCUGUAUUUAAAGAAUUGAUUAAUGAUGAAGAUGAUAAACAAGGGCUGGAAGAAUUGGAUGAUGGACAAUUAAUCUUUAAAGUGAAAAGUCAGAAAGUAAGAAUAAGAUUAUCAAGAAAUAAUAUAAUAGAUAAAUGGAGUGUAGAUAAUUUAAAAAACAAACUAUUAUGA